UUCAUCUGUAUCCACUGAAACUUGCUUUGAGAGCUGGGUGAAAGGAAGAAGCUUAUUCUGGGGAGAGAGCUUGAGCGAGCAACCAUGGACACGAAGGAAGAUGUGAGGGUCGGAGCAAACAAAUUCUCAGAGAGGCAGCCGUUGGGCACGUCUGCUCAGACCGACAAGGACUAUAAGGAGCCACCACCGGCACCCUUGUUCGAGCCAGGUGAGCUCAAGUCAUGGUCUUUCUACAGAGCCGGUAUCGCAGAGUUCGUCGCCACCUUCUUGUUCCUCUACAUCACCAUCUUGACUGUCAUGGGUGUCAAGAGGUCACCAAAGUGUGCCUCUGUUGGCAUCCAAGGAAUUGCCUGGGCCUUUGGUGGUAUGAUUUUCGCUCUUGUCUACUGUACUGCUGGAAUCUCAGGUGGACACAUCAACCCAGCAGUGACCUUUGGUCUGUUCUUGGCAAGGAAGCUGUCCCUCACAAGAGCACUGUUCUACAUGGUGAUGCAGUGUCUUGGAGCCAUAUGUGGUGCUGGUGUUGUGAAGGGUUUUGAGGGUAAUGCUCGGUAUGAGAUGUUUAGUGGAGGGGCAAAUAUGGUAAACCAUGGAUACACUAAGGGCGAUGCUCUUGGAGCUGAGAUUGUUGGCACCUUCAUCCUUGUCUACACAGUGUUUUCUGCCACUGAUGCUAAGAGAAACGCUAGAGACUCUCACGUCCCUCUUUUGGCUCCUCUUCCCAUCGGAUUUGCUGUGUUCUUGGUGCACUUGGCAACCAUUCCCAUCACAGGAACAAGUAUAAACCCAGCAAGGAGUUUGGGUGCUGCUAUCAUCUACAACAGGGACGCUGCAUGGAAUGAUCAUUGGAUAUUCUGGGUUGGACCUUUCACUGGAGCUUUCCUUGCUGCUGUAUAUCACCAGAUAGUCAUCCGAGCCAUUCCUUUCAAGUCUAGGGCUUGAGACCCUCAUCAUCUUUGCUCUGCUUCUUUUCGUAUUACUUGGACAUCCUUAAUUUUUGUUCUUGUGUCUGUCUGUGUGUGUGUAAAUUAUGAGUGAUGACCUCUUCCUUUGUGUGUCAAACUUUGAAUGUAGAAUUCUUUAAUAUGUCUAUUUUUUGCUUUUUUCUAUCCAUGAUUCCUCUUUAGUUCCUCAAUGCAAACCAUCCUUCUGAACUGAUAAUAAUAGCUAGUGAAAUGAACAGUGAUUUUGG